GAAGCGUGAGCUAAACUGAUCGGCUUCCAAACUCCUCGAGCCCGGGCCACUCAUCAGAUCUGCUUCCAAACAAGAUCGAGCCCUCCAGGGACGCUCCAGGUCAGGCCAUACCAAACACACUCCCUGCCCUCCACACCCGCCGUUUCGCCCGCUGUUCUCCCCAACCCCCGCCGCUGUGCCUGUAAUCCGGCAAGCUGUGCUUCUAGAAGCCCCGCGAAGGUUCCGCCUGCGAUUGGGGUUUGUUUCACCCGCAUUCACGUCGCGUGCCUCCCCUCUCCCGCCGUCGGAAUCCACCGCCUCCAGAUUACUCUGCCGGCGUCUUGGGCUUCUCCGAUCGGACUAGCCGUCACGUCGCGUGAGUGCUGAAGCAGGACUCAAACCCCGAUCCAUUCAGUUUGAUCCGGUUUUAUUAAAACGUCAGAAGAUGCAGUCUCUUUUGCGGCUUAGGGGCAUGGCGAGGUUCGGAUCCCUCAUUGGAUCGACCAGGGGCGGCACAACAACUGCAAACCACACCCUCAACUUGAAUGUUUUCCGUAUGUUUUGAUUUGACGAAAUUUCCUGAAGUUAUUCAUUGUAUUCCUUUCAAUGUAAUGCAUGUUUGUUUGAUUUUGCAGAGGAUUCUAUCAAUAAGCAUCGAGAUUAUGGUUUACCAUGCUUACUGGAUGUAAAGUCAAGGUUAUCAAUAGCUGAAGUGCCGCAGCAGCUAACGAGCAGUACAGAAAAAGGUCAUAAUAUUGAUCCACGGAAUUCAAAUUCACAUCCUGGAAGGAUGUUGACCAACAAACCUGGCAGUAAUGAGCUCAGGCAUGCUGCAAUACAUAACCUGCUGUCUGCGUCUAAUCAUGCUGCAACAUUUCCUCCACUUCAUGAAAAUUCAAAUGAUGUUCAUUGCAUAUUGCAGAAGUGGCAAAGGUUAUCGAUGGGCUAGAAGUCAUUAUCUGUCAUCAACUGUUCUUCCAUAUAUGAAGGGUGACAGAAUUAUCAUUGCACAGGAGAGUCUGGAUGUAGCCAUCGAGAGGUUGAAGGGGCAGGUUAUUACAUCUAAGAAUCUCUCUCAAACACAAACUCUGAAGAAUGUGGCGAUACAUGAGUGUGCCCGCAAUUUUAUAUCUUCUACUGUUCCUCUUGAUGGAAUUGGAGUGGAAUUCGAUGAUGGUUGGCUGCUUAAGGAUAUCAAGAGGACAGUGCAUGAGCUUGUUGCCCUUCCAACAUGGAUACCGGAGCAUUUUUCUCAUGUCAAGUUAUUAAGGGCCUCUAUGUGCCUGGACCCUCCUAAGCCCUACAAAGGUGUUUUGGUUUUUGGGCCUCCUGGCACAGGAAAAACACUCUUGGAAGAGGCACUCACAACAGAAGUUGAGACAAAAUUUAUCAGCGGUUCUACACUGACAUCAGAGGUGAUAAGAACCCAGCAGGACAAUGAACUUAAAGAGGCAGCGCUAUGGGCUUAUCACAAAGAAGAACAACAAAUAAAAUCGUUUGGAAAGCAGCAUGAAGCAAGGAGACAAGAUAGAAGAAUCACAAAAUGUUGGAGGAGUGCCGUCGAGUCUGCAGAGCAAGAUACUGUGUGGCCGCACACUACUGCUGACAGUGACGUUGCAAAAGUUAGAAAGAGUCCAGGAAACAGUGCAACAAUUGUUAUAGAUGAAGAUGAUUUGCCAGCAACCCGUCGGAGCUAUAGAAGAGGAAUAAGAAGGAUGCGUUCAUGGUGUCGUGCCAAUGGAAUGCAGAAAGAUAUUUCUUCAAUUCUUGGAGAGGGCUUCGAAGUUUACACGACACCAGCGGACGGCACAUUUCACCUCACAUUUGUGUGCAAGAAGAACUGGAUAACAUUCUUUUUCUAUGGAAGGAAUUUGUACAUGAAGGGGUGGAAUGGGCCGUUUGGUAUCUUCGAAAUACAGUCAGAUGCACAUGUAGGGCCGAACUACAUCCCUGACCCGUCAUGCACGGUUUUGAAGACUGGUGAAAGCUAUAACGAUCUUUGCACAAGAGGAAAAGUAGGCAGUGUGAGAAUCGGUCCUCAUGUGCUGAUAGAUUACUUGGAGGUUUUGUGCAAGUGCAGAGGGAUCAUAUCCAAUGAGCUUUUAUCUGCGAUAGCUACUUAUAUUGUCAGCACAGCAGAAGCAGUCCGUCUCGAAGAUGUUUUUAAGGAAGUUGAUGAGUCGUUCAGUAAUUAUCAUCUUCAUAAUCUGAACAGCAGAAGUGACCUUGGGUUCCAAGUCAGGUCAUAUGGGCACUAUUCAACUGAGAUUCUGCAGUAUGUGGAUUUCGUUCUAAGAGGAGAGCCACCUGAGGAGAUAGUCAACCGUGGCACUGGAAAUUACAAGACACUGAAGGAGUUGGUCGAGAAAAUCAAAGUGCCGCUACGUGACUCCUACAUAGAGGGAAUAUUUCAGCAUGAGCCAAAGCCCGAAUCAGUGGUUUGGUGUCCCCCAAUUCUGGGCUCUAUAGGAGAAGAAGAGAUGGAUGAGGAAGAAGAUGAGCUGCAAGAUGAUGCUGAUUCAGGGCAUGGAAGAUAAAUGGCUUCCUCUCCACCUUCUCCUCCUCCCCUUCACCCACCUCCCCCUCAUGCUUUUGAUGAUGGGUUCACAAGUAGUGGCUUUGUUUCAUGGUCUUGGAAGGUCUUGGUCGGUUCCGGCUUACAUUUUGAAUGGGUGACAUACUAUCCCUGGUUUGAUGGGCACCUAGGAGCCGGUUCCACUGUCCAAUGCAUCUCCCAACCUGAUCCAUCCGCAAUUUGAUCUGCAUGCUUGGCAGCAGCAGAAUAUGGACCAGGGCUAGCAGCAAGAGGAGCGCGCCGCUUCUCCCGUGAUGCAGAAUGGUUGGAGAGCUUGGCCUGUGAUUCCUCCUCCGUUUCGUAGUGUUAAUAUCAUUGAUAUUCUUAACUAUGAGAGGGCGGCGUGUCUAGUUUUUGGUUAUCUUGUGCACCUUUAGUGGUGUGGCCCCUUUUUAUUUCAGUGUCUGUUGCUGCAGUAUUUUAACCCAGUUUAAUGUCGUAUGGGUCAGUGUCAUGGAACAUUUUGUGUUGUAACAUUAGAGGCUUGAAUUCUGAGGCUAGGUGGCCGUUUUUGCAUAAUAAAAUUGAAGAAAGUGGGCUUCCA